CUUCAGCCUGCGUUACUAUGUGUCUGUGAAGGAAGGAAGACUGGCAGCUUAGAAAAUAAACAAAAGACGAGCUCAGAUUAAUAAAUGUUUUUGAGGUUAACCAUAAUCUUUUAACCACGUUUGUGCAGUCUUUAGGUUGAACUAUCAGCAAGGGCUGACCGACUGGCCAUGAAUUUAGACCUAUCGCUGCGAGUGAGCGUCUUCUCCGAACAAGGAGGAAGGAAAUACAUGGAGGAUUUAACUGAGGUGAUCGUGGAGCUGGAACCCAGCGACGAUGAGCUGCGAGAGGCCGGACACACUGAUCCAAAGCUGGACCAAGAGCCCGUCUCUGAAAGCGACCCGCCGGAAUGCACAAACAAGCCUUUACCCGUCAUGGUAACGUGGAGAAACACCCUGUCGACCGAUGAGAUCGACGGGACAGAGGAGCCCGGGACUCAACCGGCGGCAGCGGACAGCAGGAGAUCGGUCGCGUUCUUCGCCGUGUUUGACGGCCACGGAGGGCGAGAAGCCGCGUUGUUCGCUCGAGAUCACCUCUGGGAUUUUCUCAAGAAGCAGCGGGGCUUUUGGUCUAAGGAUUACCGGAAAGUUUGUGCCGCAAUUCGUAAGGGCUUCGUCGCAUGUCAUCAUGCAAUGUGGAAAAAGCUUCCGGAAUGGCCAAAAACGUUAACUGGCCUCCCCAGUACUUCAGGCACUACAGCCAGUGUGGUGGUCAUCAGAGGGGACCGCAUGUUUGUGGCCCAUGUCGGGGACUCGUCUGUCGUGCUGGGUGUGAGGGAAGAUCCCUCUGAUAAAGUCAUCAAAGCUGUGGAGGUCACACAAGACCACAAGCCUGAGCUCCCAAAAGAGAAGCAGAGAAUUGAGGGACUGGGAGGAAGUGUGGUGAAGAAAUCUGGUGUGAACCGUGUGGUGUGGAAGAGGCCUAGGCUAACUCACAACGGCCCGGUCAGAAGGAGCACCCCGAUCGAUCAGAUCCCCUUCCUCGCUGUUGCCAGAGCUCUGGGUGAUCUAUGGAGUUAUGACUUCUACAGUGGAGAGUUUGUGGUGUCUCCCGAGCCUGACACCAAUGUGGUGACCCUUGACCCAAGACGGCAUCGUUACAUCAUCGUUGGCAGUGACGGCCUUUGGAAUAUGGUGCCGCCGCAGGAGGCGGUGACUGUGUGCCAGAGCCAUGAUGAAGCUGUGGCACCCUUCGGGAUGUCGGUUGCACGUCGGUUGGGCUGCCAUGCGUUGAUGCGAUGGCGCCAACGGAUGCUCCGUGCAGACAAUACCAGCGUUAUAGUUAUCGCCCUUCCUGAGCCUGGCAAACCCCACCUUCCUAUGCAUAGAGACGAGGUCAUUCUCAGCCUAGCAGAGGGCCCGCACUGUGACCCAGCUAUAGGGUCCCGCUCCAACACACCACUCAUUAAGACCCCGGAUCCAGACCUGUCCUCAGCCAGCAGCGAGUCUUUGCCGGCGCUGGAGAGAAGGAACGGUCUGUCAGGAGUGAGUCUCAGCGCAGAACCCCCGUUUGAGGAAAACCUCCCUUGCAUUGAGCUCAUGGACAAAGCUUCCUUGACUGUGUGCCCCUUUGAGGGCAACUGGACCCCAGAGAUGCCCCUGUCCUCACCGGAUGUGUCAAGUCCGGUGGGGAAGAGGCCCAGGCGCAGCCCUCUCACCCCGAGCAGCUCCCGCCGGAGGACUGGGGAACGCUCCGUACCCAAACGCAACACCGGCAAGAGUCCCAAACGGACGCCCAGCGUCACAAUACUGCAGCACCGUAAAGCAACCCUCUGCGUCUGCUAAACUCCUCCGUCAGACUGCACACACUUACACGGAUGAGCGAAGAUGGAUGU